GCAGUCUGGGAGGCUUGGCAAGAUCUGCCGAGUCAAAGGCUUUGCGAGACGACGAUGGAGCACGACUGCCCAAGAAAUGCGCCAGGAGCCAAUCAGCGCUCUAGGCAAGGCAGGCAAAGACUCCGUCAUUGUCACGGACCUUAUUGCACAGUCUUUCAUCAAAAUCUUCAACAAUGCGUUUCUCAACACCAUUGAGAGGGUUCGAGAACCUCACUUGCUGAACGUUCUGGCAAAUCUGCGAAAUUUCGCAGCCAGAGUUCCUUACAAAUACCGUGGCAGCAUCGAGAAGGCGCUGAAAACAGAAGGCUUCUUGUCCUUCUUGCUCUCCCGGGCUGCAGUGAGCCUGCUCUGUGCAAAGGCCACGCUCCAUCCCCAGUCGGAGUCCAAGAUCUCCAAGGAGCACGAAGAGCUGGCGACGGUGGUCGAGGAGCUCUACAUCGCAGCGAUGCUCCAUGCAGAGGACCAGUGGGAUCUGGAGCUCAAAGCUGAUGGCAAGACCUUCAUGGCUGUGGCCACCUCUUUCGUGAAGCAUCUCGCGGAUCCGGCACCACUGAAGGCACCUAACAUCCAGGCCGCACUACUGGGCCUGGAUGCCAACCCGCUGAUUUGGACCCGGUAUGGUCUCGACCUGCUCGGAAUUUCGCUUGACCUCUCCCUCGGAGGCUCCGAGGGCUCCACACCACAAGCGGCAGAUCGACGCAAGGUGUCGCUGCUGGGAGGGGACUCGCUCUAUGCCACGGCCCAGUGGGCCAUGGCCAAGCUUCACUCCCGACAGUGCCGAAAGCUCAUCGCUCAGACCAUCGCGUCGUACAGCGAUGGCCAGCUCCGAAAGCGGGAGCUGCUCUGGAACCUGGACCUCACGGUAAAGGAGUACCUGGAAAUCGAGCAGGUGGCUGGCGUGGCAGCGUUUUUCGGAGCGUCGACGGCCUGCGCGGCCUUCGUGAACAACGUGAGCGACGAGAUCGCACAACAGAUGGCCGAGUUCGGGUCCGACAUCGGGCUGGUGGUUGGGCUGCUGAAGGACGUGCGGACAGUGGGAAUGCGCAGUGCACUUAAGCUCGGGCGGAUCUCGGCACCAAUCAUCUUCGCCAUGCAGCAGGACGCGCGGCUGCGGGAGCUGCUCGCUCGCCGCCUCAGUGAGGGCGCCUCCGACUUUGAAGAAGCCCUUCGCCGGGUCAAGGAGGGAGGGAUGAUGCCGACCAUCCGUUUGGUGAACAAGCUGGGUUCCCGAGCGGCGGCUCGUCUGGAGUGCCUGGAGGAGAGCGAGGAGAAGGAGGCCUUGCUGACAUUGGUUCGGGGCGUCUCCUGCCUGCCCUUGAUGGAGCAAGCUGGAUCCGAGGCGGUAGAUGACCUCACAGACACCGGGGAUGCCACGGAUGCCCAGAGCCGGAUCUUCGACAUGAAGGUGGCGAACCUGCGUCUCCGUGCAGAGCUCCAGCGGAUCCGCAGCUGCGAGCAGCGCUCACGUGACAGGCGGAGUGACACCAAAGCACAACUCAUGCUUUGCAUGCCUCUGCGGGAUCUUGAAGCAAGUGAUUAA